UGCCAUUUUACUCGCGUCCUUAACCCUGAUCCUUGUGAAGUAGUAGUAGCAAUGGACAAACCCACAAGAAAAAAAAAAACAUAAAAAGAAGCAGCCAAACGACAAAGACCUCAAACAGAAAAAGGUUCCCAAAACCCCUCAAUUCAAAACUCAACCCGCUGCUGCUUCUCUUCCCCCUUUGCCUCCUCCUCCUCCGUUCAAGUGGGCUCCAUGGAGAACUAUUCUUAUCCGGCGUCUUAUCCCGAUUCCGGCGAUUCCUCGCCCCGGUCACGCGAAAUUGAGUUCGAUAACCCGCCUCCAUGGGAGGACCCACAGAACCCUCAAUCCUCCCUCAACUACAAGGUGAAAUUCAUGUGUAGCUACGGCGGCAAAAUCCAACCCCGCCCCCAUGAUAAUCAGUUGUCUUAUAUGGGCGGCGAGACUAAGAUUUUAGCCGUCGAUCGUACUAUUAAAUUCUCCUCCCUGGUUUCGAAGCUCUCGGCUCUGUGUGAAAGCGACGGCGUUGCUUUCAAAUACCAGUUGCCCGGCGAGGAUCUCGAUGCCUUGAUCUCCGUGACAAACGACGAUGACCUUGAACACAUGAUGCACGAGUAUGAUCGCCUCUUUAGGGGCACUCCCAAGCCGGCCCGAUUGAGGCUGUUUCUGUUUCCGGUGAACCCUAAUCCCCUGCCUCCCCCGACUGUGGUUAGGAAUUUUGGCUCUGAUGAGACAAUUAAGUCUGAAAAGGAAAGGUUUGUGGAGGCUUUGAAUUCUGGCCCAAUUCAGGCGUCUCUCCCGCCGUCAAUGGUGGCGCCGCCUCCGCCUCAGGCUGGAAAUGUUGAUUUCUUGUUUGGAUUGGAGAAGGGCGGAGUUCAACCCCCCAUGCAGCAGCAGCCGCCGGCGCCGGCGGCGCCGCCUGUGGCUGCUGUGAAACUGAGAGAUCCGAUUGCUGAUCAGACCCUGCAUGAGCACGAGGUUCCUGCUCCGGCCUUGGAUGACAGGAUGAUCGGAGCAGAUGCGAUCCAUAAGCACAUUCAAGACCUUCAGAGAUUGAGAAUUGAGGAACAUCAACAGCAGGGUAUGUAUAGGAGGACCAGCGACGAAAGCCUCCCCGGAGGGUACUCCGUCGGAGGCGGCGGUGAGUAUUAUGUCCAAAGGGCACCGGAUAAGAUUUCCCCGGUUAACGGCGUUCCCGGAACCAUGCCUCCACAACCAGCCGGUUACUGGCCGGAGAAACAAGUCCCCGGCGGAGUGUUCCCGGCGAGUUCAUAUGGGACGGACCAGCCAGUGUACAUGAUCCCAGCUCCGGCAGGUGCUUAUCACGGGCAGAUGAUUCGGCAGAUGACUGGACCGGCAGGGCAGGGGUAUUACACAAUACAGAGGAUGCCGGAAUUUUACAGGGAACAGCAGCAACCACAGUAUAAUGGGACGCCACAAAUGGGAACUCCGGUACAAUCCGUUGCGGCGGCUCCGCCAAGCCUGCCCCACCAACCUCAGGCGAAGAUUCCAGCUGGGUAUUCAGAGAACUACGGGAUGGUGAGACCGACGAGUGCGGGUGCCGUUGGGGUGACGGAAACGGGUUACCCGCAAAUGGCGUAUGACGGUGCAGGGAGACAGGUGUACUACACAGCAGGGCAAGGUGGGAUGAGUGUAAUGGGGGGCCCACCACAAGCACAAGCACCACCACAACAACAACAACAACAGCAAGUACAGUAUCAGCAAACCAUGGCUGCAGCUGCCGGUGCUGCUGAUGUGAAAGCGCUAACUCAGGAAGCCGGUAAGGUUGUUCCAAAGGCUACGCAAAAUUCCGUUUGAGAGGGGGAAAAAAAAAAAAAACAAAAAUUACAGUCGUCUAUAGUAGUGGUAAUAAUGCGGGUUGGACAAAAAAGUAGUAUAAAUUGCUUUGACCGAGACUUUUGCGUACUAUAUAUUGCUAAUAUAAUUUUCCCUUUCUUUUUUGCUCGCAUAGUAUUCUACUCUUUCUGUUCAGGCAAUUUUCAUUCUCAUUAGUGAUGUAUUUACUUCUGUGAUGUAAAUUGGAGUGGAAAUCAAAUUGGGUUUUUUUUUAAGGAGGUGUAUUUACUUCAGAUUGAUGCAUACGUUGAGUUUAAUUUGAUGCUUUAUGUAUGUGUUUGGUUUUGAAAUUAUAUCAUAGCUAGCACUUUGGGCAAUGAGUCCAUGGACUUUGUUCAUUGCUUUAAAUCAAUCUUUACAUUUACAGCCUAGUUUUAUAGUUGAUAAGGGGAAGGGGGAAGGCGAAAGCCUGUUGCCUGAAUUCAGAAUCCUGCUUUACCUUAUUUUUGUAUAAGGCCAAUGAUGCAUCUUCAAGGGAUCAACAUUGUAGAUCACUCUUGUUGUUAAGGCUAUUGGCCACAAUGGGUUGUGGGGUACUAGUACUUAUGGCUUGUGUGGUGCAAUCUGUUUCUGGGUUUCAAUUACUUUGCUGGAAUCCUACUGUUUGUCCUAGAAUGAUGAGAGCCUACUCUGCCUCGCUUCUUCAAGCUAAAAGUAGCCAAUAUACUAUUCUACGAAAGUAAAACAUUUUUGAUUAUUGAUCAAAAAAAAAAAAACAAUUUUGAUCAUCUAAACCUUAUCUACAGACAGGUGAGACAAGUUCCCCAUUCAUCCAUUGCCAUCAAUCCUGUUGGACUUGUCCAAGGUUAGGGGUAAUGAUCAAGACAUUGUGUUACUUGGGUCUUGACAGGUUUUCAGAGAAUGUAAUGCUGAGAGAAUUUGCGAUGAUUAGCUUUCGUUUGCCUGGAUUCUGUAUUUCUAAUGGGUAAAUUGCAGAAGACCCUCAUAUAUUUAUUAGGAGAAUCAUUGUCAUUGGGUGAUCCCUGCAAACAAACAAGAAAGGGGCUUUAGGGAACAUGCAUGUUAAACUCUCCUAAUUGGCUGUUAAUUAUGCUCAAGAAGCAUGCACUAUAUAAUUGUGUACAUUUUGCUUUUGGCUGGGAAUGGGAUAAAAUAAAGGAGGAAGGAAGCUUGACAUAUAAUCCUGUCAUCCAUGUGAAUCUAUGAGUAGUUUUUGAUUAUCCAGUGCAAUUGAAAUGAUUAGGAAGGAAGAAUGCAGAGUGUGAAAAAAGACCAUAUGGAUUCCCCCUUUGCAUGUGUUUUGUCAUACAGUGAGUAAUACAACUGGAUGGAAGCUAGCUUCAGCAAUCAACCAAAACAUGGCACAUUGCUACUGCUGUACGUUGCCAAGCUGUAUUUUUUUUUAACUAUUAUUAUUUAAAGGACACAGCAGCACUGCUAAAUUUUACUGAAUUUUUUAAGUAACGCACGAUGUGCUCUCAAUGUAAAACUGCAGUACUAUGAUAGUAUAUAUUAUGUUGACAAUUAUUAAGAGUUGAUUUUAUGUAAUGGAUGGUGAUUAGGCCACAAAGCCACAUUUCUAGUUUUCCGAG